UCUAACUACCUACUUAUACGAGUUCGCGUCUCGUAUGCAUCGGCUACAGAUCAAAGUUGCCUCAUCACGCGAUGGCGACAGGUCCGAACGUUACCCGGUUUCUCGUUCACAAUGCACACCAUCGUUGCCCUGGUCUUCCCCGCAAUGGCCUUGCUUUUAACAGGCCCCUUGCAGAUGAUCAUGCAGCACAUCUUUCGCACGUUACUGCACGAGCCGCAAAUUUUGGGCGGUAUGAUCAAACAUCGUCAGCCUCCCACGUCUAGGGGCCUUUGUGGCAUUACCUGUGCGCCGCAGCUCGACAUGAUGCCCGCAAGACGAAUAGCGCCAACAGCGUCUAGUCCGAGGUUAUCCCCGCCCUCGACCCGCUUCUUGGAGGGUUCCCAACCCUUGAAGGGCCGUUGAGUCCCACUGCGGUGCUCUACUUCAUGCCUCUAUUCCCGUAGUCUCACCAGCCGCCGCACAGCUUACC